AAAUCCAGGGAAUCCAGGCGGGUUUGCAUGGCAGGAUGGCGAGACCGGCAUCCACAAGGCGCUUCUCCUAGCCUGAGAUGGCAUCGCUCAAUGGUUACCUAGGAAAGGGGAGGGGAGCGCCAAGACGAUCCAGUGUGCUUUUCGGCAAGGAGACUACCAACAACCUCCGCGUCCUAUUUGAGAAGUUGCAAAGCCCGGAGGGAUGGCGAGAUGGCAGCCGGUAGCCUCACGGCGAUGCAACCCCAGGAGAAGGGUAUCAAGGGCUCAAGGACGGGGUACAGAGUAUAAGAGGGGACGCUUUGGCCCGGCCCGGACAGAAAACCGUGAGCCUGGCUGCUGCGUCCAAGGCAAGCGACACUCCCUCAAACCAGCUGUUGCCCACUUGCCCACUCGGAAGGACACCGGCAUCCAGAAUGAAGGCCUUCACUCUCGUCGCCCUGGCGACUUCGGCGGCGUCGGUCAGCGCACACGCCAUCUUCCAGAAAGUCUCGGUCAACGGCGUCGAUCAGGGGCAGCUGAAGGGAGUGCGCGCUCCGUCCAGCAACUUCCCCAUCACGGACCUCAACCACCGCGACUUCGCCUGCAACACCAACAUCGUGUACAAGGACAACACCGUCAUCAAGAUCCCGGCAGGCGCCAGAGUCGGCGCAUGGUGGGGCCACGAGAUCGGGGGCGCCUCUGGGCCCAACGACCCUGAUCACCCGAUCGCCAAAUCUCACAAGGGCCCCAUUCAAGUCUACCUCGCCAAGGUCGACAACGCCGCCACCACGGCGACGUCCGGCCUGAAAUGGUUCAAGAUCGCCGAGCGCGGGCUGAAUAACGGCGUGUGGGCGGUCGACGAGAUGAUCGCGAACAACGGCUGGCACUACUUCGACAUGCCGUCGUGCGUGGCGCCGGGCCAGUACCUGAUGCGCGUGGAGCUGCUGGCGCUGCACAGCGCCUACAGCGCGGGCGGCGCGCAGUUCUACAUGGAGUGCGCCCAGAUCGAGGUCACGGGCUCCGGCUCCAACACGGGCGGCGCCAACCUGGUCAGCUUCCCCGGCGCCUACCCGGCCAACGACCCGGGCAUCGUCCUCAACAUCUACGGCACGGGCGGUGUCGCAGACAACGGCGGCAAGCCCUACCCCAUCCCCGGCCCGGACCCCAUCGCCUGCUCCGGUGGCAACGGAGGCGGGUCCAACCCGGGCACUCCGCCCGGGUCGGUUCCUCUCUACGGACAGUGCGGCGGCUCGGGAUACAGCGGGCCGACUACCUGUGCGCAGGGCACCUGCAAGGCGCAGAACCAAUACUAUAGCCAGUGCCUGCCUUGA